AUGAACUCGACCUUCAGUCAACAACGCGCAGGACAGAAUGCCUUGGCGUUUGCAGGAAUCCAGGAGACUCUCCCAGCCACUUAUCAUCUGAUUGCCUCACUCUCCCGGUCCAAAGGAGACUUCAAUCUCGGCACAAUCCGAGACUCCUUGGAGGAAAUCCAGAGGCUGGCAUGGAAAGAGGUCAAUAGUAUGGACAUGCAGAGCCUCAAAUCAGCUGCCAUUGCUAUUGGGCAGUGGUACAAAAACGCUACCACAGAGAUAUUCCAGGUUUGUAAUAUAUAUAUAUAAAUAUAUAUGAAGGUG